GCGAAAUCUUACUUUUAUUUUUUUUGAACCUUGAGAAAUCAGUACUUACUACAAAACUAUUGAACUCGAUUCGUUGAGCGAAAUUCCCUUUUGUAUAUUUCUGUUCUUCCUGAACCGUGUGAGAAGCCCGAUGAAGCUGAUGGAGAGGAAAACACUUUCUCGUCUUAUAUGCAUUGUUACUGUGAACAUCUUACUAUCGUCUAGGGUUUUCAGCAUCAGAUUUCCGGAUCGAAUCUCUCAAAUCCCAAAGGAUUCGUCUGUUCAGUCUCUAAAAACUGCUGUGUUCGCCCUCGGCUGUUUUUGGAGAUCUGAAACCGCCUUUGGAUGCUUGGACGGAGUUGUGCGGACAACCGUUGGCUAUGCCGGUGGAUCUAAAAUUAACCCAGAAUACCGAAGUUUGGGCGAUCACGCCGAAUCUGUACAGAUCGAAUAUGAUCCUCAGCUGGUUAAUUUCAGGCAACUUUUGGAGGUGUUCUGGUCUAGUCAUGACUCUAGACAAGUAUUUGGACAAGGUCCUGAUGUGGGCACUCAGUACAGGUCUAUUAUCUUUACUAAUGGAACUGAAGAAUCCAGACUUGCUGCUGUCAGCAAAGAAAGAGAGCAAACUAAGUCGAAGAACGGUAUCGUGACUACUCAAAUUCAACAACUUGGAACAUUUUAUACAGCAGAACCUGAACAUCAGAAAUUUGAGCUUAAACGAAAUCCAUUCCUUCUUCAGCUGAUUGGGAACUUACCUGAAGAGGACCUUGAGAGGUCAAGCCUGGCAGCAAAACUAAACAGCUAUGCAGCAGAGCUUUGUCCGUGGAAGAUUCAAAAACAUAUCGAUGCAAGGAUCAAUGACAUUAUUAAAAAAGGUUGGCCUAUUUUAAGAGAAUUGUAGUUAGGCAAUCUUGCUUAUUCAAACUGACAAGAUUCCCAAGAAUUUCCAUUGGAGUAAAAUUUCAGACCAAUAUGCUUUAGAUGAAAUCCAUUGAUUUGUCCGGCUCAUUCAAAGCCUGAUUUACUGAAAUUUUGAGAUGCUGAAUCUGGGAGUUGUGAUUUUACAUCUGCAA